UGUUUAAAGGUGGGACUUUUAGUAUUCAUGGAGUCUUGCUAAAACAUCUUUAAGGUAAAAAAGAAAAUUAAGUAAUGGAAGAAAUGAAAGGAGUUAAAUUUUACCGGGGGCGUAAGAGUGAUAGUUCUCUACCACGGAGUAAUUGUGAAAGAUACAACGAAAUCGGAGGAUUAAACUCACCCAUAGAUAAUCGCACCAAGAUAAAUGAUUAUCAUUUUUACACUGGUUCCAAUUUCGACAAUUCAAGUGUCAUGCAAGAAGAUGCUGGAAAGAAAUCAGCGCACAAAGAUGUCCAAAACCAGUCCCAAGACUCCGGGAACGCUCAAGGCAGCAUAAAGUCAUUUGAUUCUACGGAGAAACAGAAGAGUUUCCGGCGUCUUAUUAUCAGGUUCGCCGAGAAAACAUCGAUGACAGGCGUCCCUUACAUCAAUAAUGCAAAGUUUUGGUGGGCAAGAUUGAUUUGGUGUUUUAUGUUGCUUGUUGCUAUUGCCGCAAUGUCUUUGCACCUUUGGUAUCUUAUUGACCAAUACACAGACUAUCCUGUACAGACAAAAAUUUCGUUGGGAUUCCAGACUCUUGAUUUUCCUGAGGUUACUUUAUGUAACGUUAAUAUCAUAAACAAACGGCGUUUGGACGACUACAAGAAGGCUGAGAAACUAAAGGAACUUCUUGAUGAAUUACACCCUGAAAACCUUGUACCAAAUCAGUAUCUUCAAAACAAUGUUUUAUACGCCUCAAAAAGUCCGUCUACAGGGAAACAACAAGGCGAUGCUAACCAGGGACUGGCUAGCCAACCUCCGAGCGAAUCAAAUUUUCAAGGGGGUCAACAAAGCGUUAGUAUUUCUGGUCCGCAAAAACCACUUAUUGUAGAAUUGUUAUAUUUUUACAAUUAUAUUCUACAAAACUUUAUUUUUCAUGUUUUACAAUUUGUUAUGUUGGAUAAAAUCACUUAUGAAAGCAAUGUUUAACAUUAAACGGAAUUGUUUCAAGAAAUAAGACCUUAACGGCAAUUGUAAAUGAAAUGUUUUGUUUUGCGUUUUCUGUCCAUCUUUGUCGAGCCUUUUUAAGUAUUUUAAACAGUUCAGUAAACAGUACACAGAUUUUU